GCCUGCUGCUGAACACUGAAGAACGCUGCUGCUCGCUGUCACAACAAACUCCGUCUGCUACAGCUGUGACUGUGGAUCUCUGACUCUGUCAACAUGUGUAAAGGACUCGCAACUCUUCCUGCAACCUGCCUGAAAAGUGCCAAAGACAUCAAGCACAAAAUAAGCUUCUUACUGCAGAAGCCUGAACCUCAAGCUGCAGAUCAGAAGCAGACGAAGGAGAAGAACGUUGCUGCUGCUGCUGUGAAGAGGGUUCCGACUGCAGCCGAGGUGAAGAAAUGGAAAGAGUCCUUCAGCCACGUCAUGGACAGUGACACCGGUCGCUGGAUCUUCAGCAGCUUCCUGAGGUCAGAGUUCAGCGAGGAGAACAUGGACUUCUGGAUCGCCUGUGAGGAAUACAAGAAGACCGGAGCGUCCAAGCUGGGGACCAGAGCCAAGCUCAUCUACCGGCAGUAUGUGGAGGCCGACGCCCCUAAUGAGGUGAACUUGGACGCGGCGACCCGAGAGGAAACGAGACAGAAGGUGGAGCACGCCGGCCCGUCCUGUUUCCACGAGGCCCAGAGGAUGAUCUACGUCUUGAUGGAGAAAGAUUCCUACAGACGCUUCCUCAACUCCAAGCUGAUCCGGGAUCUGCUUCAGAAGAACGAGAUGAAAAACUGGGACUAUGUGAAGAACACGCAGGCGUUAAGUGGUGGCGCCUAAACGCGAAGAGGGAAGAAGGGAAGAAGAAGAACAAGAAGAAGAAUGGAAGAAGAAGAAGAAGACAAGACUGCAAACGUACAAGAGACGCUGGUGGGGAUCGGUUGGGUCCGUGUGUGUUUAGAAGAAUCUGAGGUUCAGAAGGUGACGUAAGAAAGGUUCACGUGGGAGGUGGUCGAGAUUUCAUUUCUCUUUUUUUGAUACAUUUCAUUAAUUCCUGGAUGUCUUUGGUCCUUUACUGGUUUUACCGUGAUAUGUCCACUGUUUGUGAAUGUGUCCCCUGUCCCCUGUGUCUGAUUUAACUGUUUCAUAUAUCAAUUCACGAUAUAUAAAUACACAUGAGGUUUAAACAUUUGCUUCUGCAAAAAAAACACGACCUGCUCUACCUCCGCCCGACGGAGACGCCUCCACACAAACCUCCUGUCGCUUCUGUCCCGAUAACAACUGCGUGAGGUUGUUACGUCUGUGAAAUGUAAAGAAUGACUCGACAUGGAUAAAUGUUCAGUGUCUUACCCAUCAGUGUUAAAAUGUUGUAUUUAUGAGACUGUAAGAUGAUAUUUAUACAUUUUAAAAAUAAAGAAAGAAUACGAAUAAA